UGCCGUGCCGUGCCGUGCCGUGCCGUGCCGUGCCGUGCCACAGGAGCUUCGUGCCCCGCGGGGGCCGCCCCACCGAGCUAAGCGCGCCUUGGCCGGCUCUGUAACCGGGCGUGAGAGGCGCGGGCUCUGCCUGCGUGGAAGCCUUCGGCCGGGACGGUUUGGUCUGGGUGCUGUGCCGGUGUCUCUAAGCAGCGGUUAAGGUUAAAUGUUAACGCCAGAGGCGCUGGAGUGUUGUGAGGUGUUGGGAGAAGCGUGGGUCUCCCCUCGGCCAGCCCAGGCGUGUGGGCUUGCUGCCCGGGACAGACGUUCCCUACCCGGUCUGGUGGUGCCUAAAGGCAGCGUGCUUCGGCUGUUACCGUGUGCUGGGGCCGUGCCACGCCGUGCCGCUAACGAUAGUUCUGUGUUAGCCUUAUAAUGCGUGUGUGUUCUGUUUAAAGAUGCUAAACUGAGCCUAGGUAGAGUAAUUUAGGAUUGCUGCGUUGCAACAUUGGUGAUAAAUUUGCCUUUGCAAUUUGUAUUAUGCAUUACUCGGGGGGGGGAACAAGAGUUAGUGGGCUUUUUCAUCCUCAUAGUUUUUGCCUUAGGCUGGAAUUAACUUUCAUAUAGGCAGUGACGUAAAUUAGAGUCCAAAGCUCAGCAUGUGUGUCUGGAUGUUAUUUAGUUUGUUACACAGCAUUUUUUGUGGGACAAAGGCUAAUCCUCUGGGACACAAACCUUACUGACGCUUUUUAGAGAAGAGCAUUGAGGGUUUGGGGGUUUGGGUUUUUUUGGGGGGUGUGUGCACUGAGUACCAUAACCUCCUGAGAACAGAUGCAUCUGUCGGCACUCGUUGAAUAGAUAGCCAAUACCAUAACCAUGUGAUGAAUCAUUGAAUCUGAGAUUUAUAAUAUUCUUAGAAAACCCUUGCAUGUUAACUUAUAAAUCUUGCCAGUGCCAACUACUGUAGGUAUGCAGCACCAUUGUAGAGCAAUGGCUAUCAUACUUGUGAUGACUCCUGGACUAGUCAGUAUGUCUUUUUUUUUUCUGACAGAAAAAAACUUUAAAAGUAACCAUGCAAAGAUCACAUCGCAGGCCUCUGAAACAGUUGAGCUUCUGGUCAUUGCACCAAAUGCAAAAGGAUACUAUUACUUCAGACUACGUUGAAAAAGAAGAAGUGAGGAGAAAACAAACUAUGACGGUGUUGGUUAUUGGCCUUGGAGGUGUAACAAAUGGGGGGAAAACAACACUGGCGGAAAAGCUGAAGAAAAUGCUUCCCAACUGUGAUAUAAUCUCUCAAGAUGACUUCUUUAAGCCAGAGUCUGAAGUAGAAACAGAUGAACACGGAUUUAAGCUGUAUGAUGUACUUGAUGCCCUCUAUAUGGAUGAAAUGGUGAAAAGUAUUCGCAAUUGGAUGAAAAGUCCAACAAGCUCAGGUGUUGUGAUGAGAGAGCCACAGAGUACAUGUGACAAACUGAAAAAUACGGAAGAUGUUUAUAUUUUGAUUGUUGAAGGCUUUCUGCUAUACAACUAUGAGCCGCUUAACGAACUAUGGGAUAGAAGAUAUUUUUUGACCCUUCCUUAUGAAGAGUGCAAAAGGAGAAGGAGCACCAGAGUCUAUCAGCCAGCAGAUACACCGGGGUACUUCGAUGGACAUGUGUGGCCUAUGUAUCUAAAAUAUAAAAAUGAAGUGGAAGAGAAUGCAAAUAACAUUGUUUAUUUGGAUGGAACAAAAUCCCAAGAGGAGCUUUUAUCCUGUGUGUAUAGUGAUAUAAUACAGGAAUUAAAGCUGAGGGAAGGAAACCAGCAGGUCACAGCAUGAUAAUGUAGAAAGCCUAGAUUCCAUGUGAUGUGACUUGAAACCCCCGAGCCUGUCACACUUGGCAAGCCAACCAACAGAGCAGAUGUUAUGUGUAUGUCCAUAAUACAUACAUAAAACACAUGUAGAUUUGUAUCAUUUUAAAUAACAUAACUGAUGUGUAAAUCUGAUUGAAUGCAUACAUUUAAAUAACGUACAUAUUUUUGUGUAUCACAAACUAAACUAUAAAGAUGCAGUACUGUUGGAUUAAUAAGCAUAUUUGAACAUGGAUGUAUGCAAUUUGAAUUGUUCAUAUAGGAAUGGCAGUGAUUACCUCUAAUAUUUUUACAAGCUUCUAAUCACUGAUAAACAUGACUAGAGGAACUAGCUAUAUGGUGUGGCAAUAGUAAGUUUAACAUUGUACAAGCUAUUACACUACUUAUUCAGUAACAGCUUCAGUUACUGAAUACAUCAUAAUUGAAUUUACUUAGGCUUGCUAAAUAUCUCUGUAGUGGUUGUCAAGUCAUUUGUCUGUUGUGUAUUGUUUGGAGCAAUUGGGAAUGGAUAUUCAAAAAAAACCCAACAAACCUGAAGAGAAGUCAAGUUGUUGGAAAAAGAUGGAGAAUUAAGAUGUUGUAGAGAAUGCAAAUGCAUCUCUAGGAAGAUUAAAUACAUGUAUUGUGCAAAGACUGAUUAUUGGGAUGGCAUGGACUACUAGACAAUAAAUGCAUGCUUCAAGGGGGAGGAAGGAAGAAAUAAUUCUUGUUAAUUUUCAUAGCUGAGGUUGAAAUUAUACUAAUUAAAGCAGAUGUGCUAAAUUUAUGUUAAAAUUUUGUUACAGGAUUUUUGUAUAUAUAUAUUUAGAUAAACUAGGAAAUUAGGGAGUUGAAUCAUCUUCAGUUGCUGAAUAAGUAAUGUAUUAACUUUUAUUUUCUAUACAACCUCUUACAUUUUUUCAGCCAGAAUAAAAAUCAAACUACAGACAUGAAAAGCAAAGGAUGGAAUAUAUUAGUUACUAUGUGUCAGCUGAACUGAUUGUGGUGAUAGAAAUGUAAUGCUUUAUUGUUAAAUGUUAAGAUUCCUCAACCUGUAUAUAAGGAAAAGUUCUUAAACAGAUUAGAGCUGUGUAAAGCUGUGUUUAAGACAAAGUACUUCUAAAUACUAUUUUGUAUUACUGUUUUGCAGUAAAUACUUCAAGAUGGAAUUGCUCAAA